GGGGCGGGGCGGGCGAUGGCGGGCGCGGCGGCGGCGGGAGGAGGAGGCGGAGGAGGCGGCGGCGGUGGCGGCGCUGCCGGGCCCGGACCGGUGGCGCAGGGGCUGAAGGAGGCGCUGGUGGAGACGCUGACCGGGAUCCUGUGCCCGGUGCAGGCGGUGCGCGCCGCCGCGGAGGAGCAGGUGAAGGUGCUGGAGGUGACGGAGGAAUUUGGUGUUCAUUUGGCAGAACUGACUGUGGAUCCCCAGGGAGCUCUGGCCAUCCGUCAGCUGGCAUCCGUCAUUCUCAAACAGUAUGUGGAAACUCACUGGUGUUCGCAGUCCGAAAAGUUUAGACCUCCGGAGACCACGGAAAGGGCAAAAGUCGCUAUUAGGGAGCUCCUGCCCAACGGGCUGAGAGAAUCCAUCAGCAAGGUGCGCUCGAGCGUCGCGUACGCCGUUUCAGCCAUUGCCCAUUGGGACUGGCCCGAAGCUUGGCCGGAGCUUUUUAAUCUCUUGAUGGAGAUGCUGGUGAGCGGAGACGUGAAUGCCGUGCACGGAGCCAUGAGGGUGCUGACAGAGUUUACGCGGGAAGUGACCGACACGCAGAUGCCGCUUGUUGCUCCUGUUAUUCUUCCGGAGAUGUACAAAAUCUUCACAAUGGCAGAGGUGUACGGUAUUCGCACGAGGUCGCGUGCAGUGGAGAUAUUCACCACGUGUGCCCACAUGAUCUGUAACAUGGAGGAGCUGGAAAAGGGUGCGGCCAAAGUCCUGAUUUUCCCCGUGGUGCAGCAGUUCACUGAGGCCUUUGUUCAGGCCUUGCAAAUGCCAGACGGACCCACAUCAGACAGCGGGUUUAAGAUGGAAGUGUUAAAGGCUGUGACAGCACUCGUGAAAAACUAUCCGAAGCACAUGGUUUCAUCAAUGCAGCAGAUCCUGCCCAUUGUCUGGAACACCCUGACGGAAAGUGCCGCCUUUUAUGUGAGAACAGAAGUAAAUUACACAGAAGAGGUGGAGGACCCUGUGGAUUCUGAUGGUGAAGUGUUGGGAUUUGAGAAUCUGGUGUUCAGCAUAUUUGAAUUUGUUCAUGCCUUGUUGGAAAACAACAAAUUUAAGAGCACGGUGAAGAAGGCUUUGCCAGAGCUGAUCUAUUACAUCCUCCUUUAUAUGCAGAUCACAGAGGAGCAGAUAAAAGUUUGGACUGCAAACCCACAACAGUUUGUGGAGGACGAAGACGAUGAUACUUUUUCCUAUACAGUGAGGAUCGCUGCUCAGGAUCUGUUGCUGGCUGUGGCUGCUGAUUUCCAGAAUGAGAGCGCAACUGCGUUGGCUGCAGCAGCGACGAGGCAUUUACAGGAAGCUGAGCAGGCUAAAAACAACGGUGCUGAGCACUGGUGGAAGAUACAUGAAGCUUGUAUGCUGGCCCUGGGCUCUGUGAAGUCUAUUAUUACGGACAGCGUGAAGAACGGCAGAAUACACUUCGAUAUGCACGGCUUCCUGACCAACGUGGUUCUCGCAGACCUCAACCUCUCAGUGUCUCCGUUUCUCCUGGGCCGUGCUCUGUGGGCCGCCAGCCGCUUCACCGUGGCCAUGUCCCCAGAGCUCAUCCAGCAGUUCCUGCAGGCGACCGUCAGCGGCCUGCACGAAACCCAACCGCCCUCCGUGCGCAUCUCUGCGGUCAGAGCCAUCUGGGGCUACUGUGACCAGCUGAAGAUCUCGGAGAGCACCCACGUGUUGCAGCCUUUCCUUCCCAGCAUUCUCGAUGGGCUGAUCCACCUGGCGACUCAGUUCAGCUCCGAGGUCCUGAACCUGGUCAUGGAGACGCUGUGCAUUGUCUGCACGGUGGAUCCAGCCUUUACAGCAAGUGUGGAGAACAAAAUCUGCCCCUUCACCAUUGCAAUAUUCCUCAAGUACAGCAAUGACCCAGUCGUUGCUUCUCUUGCCCAGGAUAUCUUUAAGGAGCUCGCUCAGAUCGAAGCCUGCCAGGGCCCCAUGCAGAUGCGGCUCAUCCCCACCCUCGUCAGCAUCAUGCAGGCCCCUGCCGACAAGAUCCCCGCGGGGCUUUGUGCAACUUCUAUUGAUAUAUUGACCACGGUUGUGAGGAAUACGAAACCCCCGCUGUCGCAGCUCCUGAUCUGCCAGGCGUUCCCUGCGGUGGCUCAGUGCAGCUUGAACACAGACGACAACGCCACUAUGCAGAACGGUGGCGAGUGUCUGCGUGCGUACGUCUCGGUGGCGCUGGAGCAAAUUGCGCAAUGGCACGAUGAGCAAGGCCACAAUGGGCUGUGGUACGUGAUGCAGGUGGUGAGCCAGCUUCUGGAUCCCAGGACCUCUGAAUUCACCGCGGCCUUUGUGGGCAGGCUGGUCUCCACUUUGAUUUCGAAAGCGGGAAGUGAGCUGGGAGAGAAUCUGGACCAGAUCCUGAGAGCUAUCCUGAGCAAAAUGCAACAAGCAGAGACGCUCAGCGUGAUGCAGUCCCUGAUUAUGGUGUUUGCUCACUUGGUUCACUCCCAACUGGAACCGCUCCUCGAGUUCCUGUGCAGUCUCCCCGGACCGACCGGCAAACCCGCCCUGGAGUUCGUCAUGGCCGAAUGGAUGAGCCGGCAGCACUUGUUCUACGGGCAGUACGAGGGCAAAGUCAGCUCCGUAGCGCUGUGUAAACUCCUGCAGUACGGCAUCAACACAGACGACAAGCGACUUCAGGACAUCCGGGUAAAGGGAGAAGAAAUAUUUAAUAUGGAUGAGGGAAUACGAACGCGAUCCAAGUCGGCCAAAAAUCCUGAGCGCUGGACAAACAUUCCUUUGUUAGUAAAAAUCUUAAAAUUAAUAAUAAAUGAGCUCUCUAAUGCGAUGGAAGCAAAUGCAUCCAGACAGACCACUGCAGAUUGGAGCCAAGAUGAUUUGAAUGACAUGUGGGAGGAUCAGGACGAGGAUGAGGAUGAAGAUGAAGGCUUAGCAGGACAGUUCUUAUCAGAUAUUCUUUCCACAAACAAGUAUGAUGAGGAUUACUACGAAGACGAUGAAGAGGACGAUCCAGAUGCAUUAAAGGACCCUCUUUACCAAAUAGAUCUCCAGGCCUAUCUCACCGACUUCCUCUGCCAGUUUGCACAGCAGCCCUGCUACGCCAUGUUUUCAGACCAUCUCAACGAGAACGAGAAGCGAGUGUUACAGGCCAUCGGUAUCUAAACCCACUCGAGACACCAUCCCCAUCAUAUCCGAACAAUAUACAUAUAUUUUUUUUUUUUGGCUUAUUCCACGUUUUAUGAUUAAACAUAAAACAUUUCCCGGUGUCCGCCUGCUCGUUACAGGUGGGUGACGCCCUCGUUGCGAUGUGUCGAGCCUCAUCUUAACGUGAAUCUGCUAAGGGAAGGAAUACUAAGAAAGCAGCAAGGAGCUUUGCACAUUGGUCUCACCAUGGGAGCACUUUCAUUUUCCACAGUAACUUUCCAGGAAGUUCUUAAAGAUUAAAAACAUGUGUCCUUAAUAUUUUGAAAAGCAAACUGUCUCUACCUGUGAAGAGGCACUUAACCGAGUUUCCCACAGCACAGCUGGACAGAGAAAGGAAUCGGGUCACUAACAGAUUGCUUGGAUGUAUCUUGAGAAACGGGAAGGUUGUUCCUCUUCGCGCUCACGUAACACGUACAGGGUAAAUACCUUGAUCUUACAGCGUGACUUCUUUUUAUAGAACUAUAGACUCUUUUAUCAGAGAUGCCGGAAUGGUAUGGAACCUGUUUGCAGGAGUUUGUAUGGGAAGCUGAGACAAUAAAACUGAAUGCAUAUCUUC